UGUAUCUUUUCUCCCCCAUCACUCUCAAAUUCUGUCUCAUAUAUUCAUUUUCAUAAUUAUAAAAACCUACAAGAAUAAUAAACGUGUUAUCUUUUUGUUGUAUUCUUUUGAAGAUCGAUCGGAUCGACAAGAAUGAAUCUUCAUUUUCUCAAUUUUUUGUCAUAAAAAUGAUAUGAAUUUUAAGGAGAGAGAAAGACGAAGGAUUAAAGUUUGAUCUAUAGUGGUUUUGAAAAUACAAGGGCAAUAGCAAGGCCAAAGAUGUCAUCGUCGAAUUCUCCAUGUGCAGCAUGCAAAUUCUUGCGUAGAAAAUGCACACAAGAAUGCGUUUUUGCUCCAUACUUCCCACCAGAUCAACCUCGAAAAUUCGAGAAUGUACACAAGGUGUUUGGGGCUAGUAAUGUGGCUAAAUUACUCAACGAAUUAAAUGCGACUCAACGGGAAGAUGCUGUAAAUUCCCUAGCAUAUGAAGCGGAAUAUCGCCUCCGUGAUCCGGUUUAUGGUUGUGUUGGACUAAUUUCAAUACUUCAACAUAAACUUAAGCAAGUUCAAGAUGAUUUAUUGAAUGCUAAGAAAGAUUUAGCAACGUAUAUUGGUCCACAAGCAAUGUUGCCAAUGCUUCAACACUCUGGCUAUAUUCAACAGCAUCCCAAUAAUCCCUCUUCUUCAAAUAUGAUAGCUUAUAAUAUGCAGCCAAUGGGAUUGCAAACAGGGAUGCAACAGCAAUUAAUGAUGCGCGAUCCUCAACAACAACAGCAACAGAAUCAGCAGCAAGUGAUUGAAGCUCAUCAAUUUGCCGCUGUAAUGGCUGCAAGGGAACAGGAGAUGAUGAGAACUUAUGAGCAACCACAACAACAACAAUUUAACAAUGGAUAUGAUUCUGCAGGGCCAGUAACUGCAACAGGAUUUCAUCAAAUGAGUUCAUCAGUAUCUCCUUCAUUGGCAUUAGCUUCAUUUGAUAAUGAUCCUUAUCAGAUUCAACAAGCCCAGCAGGAGCAGCAUCGCGGCCAGGUUCAGGUUCAGAUUCAGCCACAUCAAUUGCUUCAGCAACAACAACAGCUACCGCAACAACCACAGACACCACAGCAGCAACAGAGAGCCAACAGUGAAGAGGAAAGGAGCAUUGGUCCUUCAUGUUAAUGUUACAAGUCAGUUGAAGGUUUUUUCUUUUAACAAAUAUUUUUAA